CCCUCGCUGGCCUACGCGCCUCCUUUCAGAGAGGCACUUGGAACAGAGUCGAAGAAAUCUCGCUUGUUUUCCUUUCUUGCUCUCUCGCGUGGAGAGCGACGUCACGGGGACGCACAGAUUCGGGAAGGAGGUUCGAGGUCAGCAUGUGUGGGGGCUGCGUGAAGACGGAGUACCCGCCUCGGGGUAACACUUGCUUGGAGAACGGAUCCUAUCUGAUGAAUUAUGUUGGUUGUGCUGAAUGCGAAACACGGGAUUUUGUGAUGAUUGUGAACAAAGCAACAGAAGAAGAGGAUGGAGAGGAAAUUAUCACUUAUGAUCAUGUAUGUAAGAAUUGUCAUCAUGUGAUAGCCAGGCAUGAAUAUACUUUUGGUGUAGUGGACGAUUACCAGGAAUACACCAUGCUGUGCAUGCUCUGCGGCAGGGCGGAAGAUUCUAUCAGUGUCUUGCCCGAUGAUCCUCAUCUGAUGACUCCAUUGUUCUGAAGUGUUUUGAUUUUUCUCAGCCAUUGUAUCAUGUACCAAGUGACAGGAACUCACGGAAUAUGACAUUUACACAACACAACAAAUGCACACUCUGUUCAAUCCAUGUGGGAAAUCAAGUGAUAAGGGGUCAGAAAAUAGCAGCUUGGUUUGCCAUCAUCAGAAGCAAAGUCUGUAUUCUAAGCAAGCGAAAGGAAGAGGAAAAAAAAGUUUCAUUUGCUGAAAGCGUCAUCAAAUGUUAGAAAAGGCAGAGAAGCUGCUUGCUGCUUUUGGUCUUUUUAAAUGUUUUCUCUUUAAUGUUUUCUACAAGUCAGUAGAAAACUGCUCUGAUCAAUGUUAUUGGCAUUGUAGGGGAUGUGUUUUGCAGAAAACUUUGGAAAGGACCAAAACAGGAGGACCUUUUUGUGACUGUUUCUAUACCACUGCAAUACCUACUUCUGCCUCCAGCUCUCCUUAUUUGAUAGAGGACUCUCUAAAACGGAAAUAAUGCAGGAGACCCAAAAAAAGUAUGAGAAAUGCUUAUUGUUAUUGUGAAGUUUUCUGUGUGUUAGGGGAAAAAAAGCCUUUUCCUUAAGCUACCAAGCACCAUGUAGAACUUGGAAGAGGCAAGAUCUCCCAGAAAGCUUUAGAGAAGGAUAGAAAUAGCAAGUGUUUCUUGGCUGUUUCUGUGCCCCAAAUAUCCCUGCAAGUGAAAGAAGACCCCAUUUUCCUUCAAGCCUUCCAGAAAGCAUGGUUGACUCAUAGGAGAAUCAUAUAGCUUCAUGCUUCACAGAGAAUGGACAGAUGAAGAAAUCUUGCUGAUUCUGAUUGAAAUUACUGCAGUGAUGUGAAUGUCCCAAACUAUGGGAUACUUGCCCCCUGACAUACUAAAGGUGGGGCAACCAGUUCCUGAGUCUAAGGGGGCAAUUACUUUUCAUAUUGGCACAUCAUAUAUUGGGUGAUUGUUUAUGAAAUAAAUGAAACAAGUUCAUAAAGUUGGCAUUACAGUACUUGUUUGCUCAGAUUCCCUUUAUCAGUAGGACCCUCAUUAAUUUCAAUGGGAAGGCUACACAUCAAUUCAGAAAAUCUAAAAAAGGGAAAGUGCUUUUUCACAGAACUGUAUUUGAUUCAGCCCAGCAGCCUUCUGUGGUUCAUUUGUAAUGCCACCCUGUGGUACAUGGCCUAUUUCAAUUAGGAUUUCACUGUGAAAUUAGGUGGGGAGAGCAUCUGAUGUGAGACUAAUUAAACUGAAGUUUUGUCUUUAAGAAACUCAGUCAAGGGCCAUAAAUCUUUAGCCACUGAACCAUUUAUGAAUGCAAAUUACCUUAAAUGUAAGCUUCAGUUCUCAUACGCAAAAUUAGAAAGGGACCUGGUGUCUGCUAAUGGAUUCUAGAAACGUUACUCUCUAUGGAGAUUAGGCCUUUCAGAAAGAUUGUACUGAUCCCAUAGUGGUGUCUGCCCUUGUUGUAAGUUGCAUGGCCAAACUGCUCUGAUGCGAUGUGGAUUGAGAUGACUCUCUCUUGCCAAAGAUUUUGAUGACAGUGCCGUGAUUUACUUUUCCUGCCCAAUGAAGUAGAUACUGAUCUUUAAUCACAAGACUAAAAUUAACACAGAUCAUCUUGCCAAGCUAGUUAUUUAUGAGUGUAGAACAUGAGGCACUCAAGGCCAGUUGGCAUGGUAAGUCAAUGGAAGGAGUAAUUCUGUAAUUGCCAGGUGCUGGGAAUAAAUUCUAGGACUGUUGCUUUUGGAAGUACAGUAGAUCUUGUAAGGCAGUUCUAGUUACAUUCUUUAUCAUAAUUUGACCUGAACUGGCAGUGUUGAAAAUCUGUUAUCUAAAUUACUGAAAUGCCCCCAAAAUACUAGAGUGUAUGUAGACGUUUGCUGUGAAAUUAGGCCUUUUUGUUAGGUAAGAUAGUGGGCAUAAGGUAGUCAUUGCUAAGCAGAGGUGAUUCUAAUUUUUGUCAGGAGAGCAUUCAGCAUGUGCUGCUUUGUCCUAAAAUAAACGUGACUGAAACC